CUGAGUUAGCUUCAACGCGAGGCAGAAAUCGGGGUUUCUGGGUGUCACCUAAUCCCGGGGAUGAGUUGGACUACGAAAGCCGGCCGACCAAGGCGUGGACUCGUCGCAUAGGGUUCGGACAUAUGCAAACGGGAGACUUCGUGCGGGAGCUCAAAAUCGGGGGGCUGGGGGUAGUUGGGCUUAGUCCCCGAGAUCCGACCUGAGACUCCUGACUCAGGGUAAGUACCAGACCGUGGGGGCCGGGCUCCUGUAGGGGGCUGGAGGCCGGGGUCUUGGGCUGGCUGUGCAGGAUUCUCCAUCAACUGUCCUCGACGCUCACCUCCGCUCACAGGCUCAGCAUCCCUGGCUGCGGAGCAUGCGCAGUAGGUGCUUCCUCCCUCAUUAACCGCCCCCCCUCCACUCCCGAGCGGGGGAGGGGGCCCGGGGCUCCCCAGAGCGGAUUCAUUUAUGGACACCACAGGCCCCUGCCUUGGAACGGGAAGCGGAAAUGGGGAGGACAGUGUCAACGUCCGGCAGGGCUCCUGGUGCCAUGGCUGAGGCACACCAGGCUGUGAGCUUCCUGUCCUCCCUAACGUCUGAUGGGGCAGAAGUUGAGCUCAGCAGCCCCGUGGUGCAGGAGAUCUGCCUGUCUGGCCUUCGGUCUUGGAAAAGGCACCUUUGGCGUUUCUGGAAUGACUUUCUCACUGGUGUGUUCCCUGCUAGUCCCCUCAGCUGGCUCUUCCUCUUCAGUGCAAUCCAGCUUGCCUGGUUCCUCCAGCUAGAUCCUUCCCUAGGAUUGAUGGAGAAGAUUAAAGAAUUACUGCCAGACUGGGGUGGCCAGCACCACCGGCUCCGGGGGGUCCUGGCAGCUGCGCUGUUUGCCUCGUGUUUAUGGGGAGCCCUGAUCUUCACGCUGCAUGUGGCCCUGAGGCUGCUUCUGUCCUACCACGGCUGGCUGCUUGAGCCCCAUGGAGCCAUGUCCUCGCCCACCAAGACCUGGCUGGCUUUGGUCCGCAUCUUCUCCGGCCGCCACCCGAUGCUCUUCAGUUACCAGCGCUGCCUGCCGCGCCAACCCGUGCCCUCGGUGCAGGACACCGUGCGCAAGUACCUGGAGUCUGUCCGUCCUGUCCUCUCCGACGAGGACUUCGACUGGACGGCACUGCUGGCACGGGACUUCCUGAAGCUGCAGGCGUCGCUGCUGCAGUGGUACCUGUGCCUCAAGUCCUGGUGGGCGUCCAAUUACGUCAGUGACUGGUGGGAAGAAUUUGUGUACCUGCGGUCUCGCAACUCGCUAAUGGUGAACAGCAACUAUUACUUGAUGGACUUCCUAUAUGUCACACCCACGCCGCUGCAGGCAGCUCGCGCUGGGAACGCAGUCCACGCCCUGCUCCUAUACCGCCAGCGCCUGAGCCGCCAGGAGAUGCCUCCGACUAUGCUGAUGGGGAUGCGCCCCCUGUGCUCUGCCCAGUAUGAGAAAAUAUUCAACACCACGCGGGUGCCAGGGGUUGAGAGAGACUCCAUCUGCCACCUUCGCGACAGCUGGCACGUGGCUGUCUUCCACCGGGGCCGAUUUUUCCGCGUGGGGACCCAUUCCCCAAAUGGCCUGUUGUCCCCGAGGGCCCUGGAGCAGCAGUUCCAGCACAUCCUGGAUGACCCCUCACCUGCGUGUCCCCACGAGGAGCAUCUGGCUGCCCUGACAGCCGCUCCCAGGGGUAUGUGGGCCCAAGUGCGGGAGUCGGUGAAGACCCGGGCUGCCGCUGCCCUGGAGGCCGUGGAAGGGGCGGCCUUCUUUGUGUCGCUGGAUUCCGAGCCUGGGGGACUCACCAGGGAGGACCCCGCAGUGUCACUGGACGCCUAUGCACAUGUCCUUCUGGCUGGCCGGGGCCAUGACCGCUGGUUCGACAAAUCCUUCACCCUCAUCGUCUUCUCCAACGGGAAACUGGGACUCAGUGUGGAGCACUCGUGGGCUGACUGCCCCAUCUCAGGACACAUGUGGGAGUUCACUCUGGCCACAGAAUGUUUUCAGCUGGGCUACUCGGCUGAUGGCCACUGUAAGGGGCAGCCUGACCCCACACUGCCCCAACCCCAGCGGCUACAGUGGGACCUUCCAGACCAGAUCCAUCCCUCCAUCUCCCUAGCCCUGAGAGGAGCCAAGACCUUGUCUGCAAACAUCGACUGCCAUGUCUUCCCCUUCUCCCACUUUGGCAAGAGCUUCAUCAGACGCUGCCACCUCCCCUCAGACAGCUUCAUCCAGAUGGCCCUGCAGCUCGCCCACUUCCGGGACAGGGGUCAGUUCUGCCUGACUUAUGAAUCAGCCAUGACUCGCUUGUUCCUGGAAGGCCGGACGGAAACAGUGCGGUCUUGCACAAGGGAGGCCUGCAACUUUGUGAAAGCCAUGGAGGACAAGGAGAAGACAGACCCGCAGUGCCUCGCUCUGUUCCGCGUGGCAGUGGACAAACACCAGGCUCUGCUCAAGGCAGCGAUGAGCGGGCAGGGGGUGGACCGCCACCUCUUUGCGCUCUACAUCGCGUCCCGGUUCCUCCACGUGCAGUCACCCUUCCUGGCUCAGGUUCACUCCGAGCAGUGGCAACUGUCCACCAGCCAGAUCCCUGUCCAGCAAAUGCACCUGUUUGACGUCCACAAUUACCCGGAUUAUGUUUCCUCGGGUGGUGGAUUCGGGCCUGCCGAUGACAAUGGCUAUGGUGUGUCAUAUAUCUUCAUGGGGGAUGACAUGGUCACCUUCCACAUUGCCAGCAAGAAGUCAAGCACAAAAACAGAUUCCCACCGGCUGGGGCAGCAUAUUGAGGAUGCCCUGCUGGAUGUGGCCGCCCUGUUCCAGGCAGGGCAGCGUCUCAAGCGUCGAUUCAGAGGGGCUAGGGGGGAGGACUUGCGGCACAGAUGUGGAUUUCUCUCCAGUAAAAUAGCAGACUGAAAGGCACCCACACCAUCCCCAACCUCUGACCCCCUCCAGCAGGGAGCUGGUCUCCCUCAGGAAUGUGGGUGCAAUCCCCCAAACUGGGCUGGCACAGGAGGGGCAGCCCGUUUGGCAGGCCCACAUCCAGGCCAAUAAAGAUGUGUGAGCUGGG